UAUGAAAUCUAAUAAAUUGGAGAAAUACGAGAAGAAAGAGAAACUUGGAGAAGGUACCUACGGAAUUGUGUAUAAAGCAUUAGGUAUAAUUCAUUUUAUUAUUUGCAUUUAGACCGAAACACUAGUGAAUAUGUGGCAUUAAAGAAAAUUAGACUAGAGUCAGAAGAAGAAGGUAUUCCUAGUACAGCCAUUAGAGAGAUCUCUCUACUUAAAGAGUUGAAUCAUCCAAACAUUGUGAAGUAAUACAUAUUCUAUCUAGAUUAAUGGAGGUUGUGCAUUCAAAUAAGAAGCUUGUACUGGUCUUUGAGUAUGUUGAAAUGGAUCUUAAGAAAUUCUUUGCUCAAUUCCCUAAAGAGAAAGGAAUGGAGCCUGUCAUUGUCAAAAGUUUCCUUUAUUAGCUCUUAAGAGGAAUCUAAGCAUGUCAUUAAUAAAAAAUAUUACACCGUGAUCUCAAACCAUAAAAUCUUUUGGUCUCAAAAGAUGGAAUACUUAAACUUGCUGAUUUUGGACUUGCUAGAGCUAGUGGAAUUCCUGUGAAAAGUUUCACUCAUGAAGUCGUCACUCUGUGGUAUAGACCACCAGAUGUGUUAUUGGGCUCUAAAAACUAUAAUACAUCAAUAGAUAUAUGGAGUGUAGGUUGUAUCUUUGCAGAAAUGUCAAAUCUUAAACCUCUUUUUGCUGGUAGCAACGAAACUGAUCAAUUAAAAAAGAUAUUCAGAGUUUUGGGUACUCCAACACCUAUUGUAAAUUACUCUAUCUAUUUAAGGAAUAUCCUAAAUUGAAUGAUCUUCCAAAUUGGAAACCUGAAAACUUUGAACAAUAUCAACCUGACAAUUUAGCUAAGUUUUGUCCAAGACUUGAUCCAGAUGGUUUAGACUUAUUGAUCAAAAUGCUUAAAAUUAACCCAGAUUAAAGAAUCACAGCCAAAGCUGCUUGUGAUCAUCCCUUCUUUAAAGAAUUACCAGAAUAAGUUAAGAAAUUAUAUGUCAACAUCAAGUGAG